AUGCAGGUUGAGUCGGAUGUCGUUUCCUCGCCUUUUUCCCAUGUUCUUGCGGACAAAUACCCCGCAAUAAAAGCGCAGUACCCCACAGAGGGCAGGCGCAAGCGGCGUCUACGCGCGGCAGAGCUCUUCUGGGGCCUCUCCGCAAACGACAAGGCCGCCUACGCGAAUUCGACCUCCUCGGCUCGCGGAUCGACGGAUCGCUUCGGGAAGGCUGACUUCGCGACGGACGGCGAUCCGUACGACGCGUUCUCUGGGGACGCGCCCGGGCUGGGCGUCCUCGUGCGCACGGACUACUCUGACGAGGAGGCGUGGAAAGCGUUCUGUGCAAAACUCCAAGAAGGCGAGGCGGAGUUCAAGGUCGCCGCAGAAGAGCAGGACGCGACUGACGAGGCCAUGGAGGCGGGCGACGACGCGCCCGCGACCGAACAGGCCGCGGGGGACGAGGAGAUGGACCAGGAUGACGAUGACGCCGAGGAAGAAGAGUCUUCUCAAAUCAUUUUCGUCGUAGACGCGCCCUCGCCAUCGCGCGCCGCUCUGAUGCACAUCAGCAAUCUCGCGGCGCUGCGCCUGCUCAAUGAUGUUGACGUCCGACGCGCGCCCCCGCGUCCGGCGGACACGCCGAAGGCGAAGGCACACCGGCUGGUGGACCAGGACGGGUGGCAGGAGGUGUACGUGGGCAAGACGGUGUGGGUAUACGAUGCGCGGUCGAACGUGGACCAGAGUGUGCGGCUCGUGAGCCAGCAGGGCGGUAUGUACGGCACUGCCACAGGGGAUAGCUGGCGGGCGAGGGUGAGGCAUGUCUGCGAGCUCCAGGUGAAUCUCUCGUCGGGCGCGAUGAAGAUUGACUUUGGCGGACUGGACCGGUGGGACUAUGAUGAGCGCCUCCGGAACUUGCAGGAGGCUGUGGACACUAGCAUCUGA